GUCGUUCGUCAAUCAGUCACGUUGCGGCCGUGUGCGUCGGCUCACAGAUCCGGCAGCGAAGUUUUCAAAAACUUUGCGGUAUUACUUGAACUUACAACGCUCUGUGUGUGUCAGUGGCUUCACGACGCUCGCGAAUAAUAACACACAUCACGCAACUCGCGCUUUAAGUUUAGUCGUCGUAAAACCCGCUCGUCGCACACAUCAGAACAAUUAAUACAAAGCUUUCCAUGCCUCUCAAUUGAUCAAUAACAUGUUAAAUAAUAAACAAAGUGAAACCAAUUGAUACAAAUUGAUUGCGAAACAGUUGAAGCACUUAAUUAAAAUGAAGUGAGCGUGUUUUAUUAACCGUCAUUAUUUAUUGAAAAUGGAAAUCGCGAAUGGCUUGACAAUGACGCUUUCGACGGAUCAUCGGCUGCGGCGAGUGCCGCUGAAGAAGCAGUUGCGUCCGGACCUGGAGUUGAACAACAACCUGCAUCAACCUGGUGUACUUCCAGUGAAGGAUAAUGACGCGGAUAGUUUGAAUGGCAGGCUGAGGAAAAAAUACAAUCAUCAUAGUUCCAGUGCGAGCGCAUCCGGAAGCGAUAUUAGUAUCGACGAGGAUAUAGAACCGGAAAUAAUUGAAAGCGUCAGUGAAGAAAACAAAGAUAAUCUUGAUUCUAAAGAUUCUAAAGAUGAAAAUGAUGAAAAAUGUGAAAAUUUAAACGCUAAACCAGAAGCAACUGAAAGUGUUACAAGACGCAUAAGAUCAAUGUCUGAUGGUUCACCAAGCAUGCAUGGCUACAAUCCAGAUGGAGAACCCUUUGAAGUCUUCCCAAGUCUUCCAGAUAGUGUCCUGGAAAAGCUAGAAUUGAAUGGACAUCGGAAUAAUAAAGAAAGACUUCGUGAUGAUGAACUAGAACAAAAAUUCGUUUCCUUAUCAUUGGCUUUCACAAUCGACGCCACGACGAUUCAACACCGCUGCGAACGCCAGCGAAGAUGCCGCGAUCAAACCGAAACUAACCUCAAUUCUGAACUAGAACGCCUUGUAGAAAAAGCCCACCGCCUUAGACCAUUGUGUGUUGAUGCGGAAACCACAGAAUUACUAACAGCUCUAAGUCAUGUUGAUGUGAUUGUUAAAGCGGUUGAACACGCCGCCAUUGCUGCUGAGCGAUAUGGCGCUGUGCAACAUGAAGCGCGAUUAGCGGAUAGUGCACAGUUGAUGAUUAACCACGUGCAUGUUUUGAAACAGCAACGAGAUUUUGCCAGACGGCAACUUGUAUAUACAAAACGAGUCCUGCAGGAUACUUCGCAAACUGUUACCGAUGUGCAUAAACAUGGUGUCCGACAUGGAUCACAUGGAAAUGUGCAUGGUGUAGGGAAUGGUAAUGCCAGAAUGGUAACAAAAAGAAGGGCGAGUAUUGCUACGCUUCCGCAUCAAGAUAUUUUAAAUCAUAGCGAGUUGAAAAAUUUAGAAGUGAGAAAGAUGACUAGAAGGACUUCUGAAUUGACUAUAAGAGGUGGGAAUGUUUUACCAAGGAAUACAAGGACGCCUAGAUUAGAAUUAGGUUUGGAUUUAGUAAAAAUUAGAGAAAACACAGUCGAAAACCAUCAUGGACCGGAUGAAUCGCUUCCCGAAGAACCAGAAGAUGACCAUGCUGAUAUAUUACAUGAGCAUGAAAGUUUUCAAGACAUAGAAAGUCGUAGAGAGAGUUUUCAUUCUGUAGGACAUCCAUCCCUAGAAGAAGAAAUGCAAGAAGUUGAAAUAAAAUCAGGACAAAAAACUCAAAAGUUUGAGAUUUGUACAACACAACUCAAAUAUAAAGUGAUGUACGUUUUGAGGAAAUUGAGUAGGCAAUUUGGUCAUGCAUUGACCACCUGGUUGGAUGAGGGCGCAAAAGGGAGCUUCUUUUACUUCUGUGCGCUGCUUUGUUUUUCCUUGAGUAUUGUCUCUUUGGGGAAUAUUCUAGUCGAGAUGGAAGUGGAACGCGGUGGCACUUUUCUGCAUUGGUUGUACAAUGCGUAAAUUGUAUUAUGUAACAAAAACCAAAAGAAAUACACAAUAGAAAUUUGAAAUACGUAACUGUACACAAUUUAGAUUGAUGAAAACAUCAAGGCCAUUUUUGGGCCACACUCAAGUCAAUUAUUGUAAUUGUUAACUUAAUUCAUUAUAGAUAUGUUCCAUGAUUAUGUAAAUUAUAAAUAAAUGAUAAUGAAAUCGAAAGAAA